UUUUGUUUAAAUCAACUAUUUUGGCUGUUUUGCAUUUAGUCUGGAGUAACUUUCUUUGAAUUUCUGAAUAUUUCUUUUUUGCAGUUUCCUUUUUCUUUAGAAUCUCACACUGUGACUUCAGGAUACAUGACUUUCAAUCUUUAAAGAUACUCUGUAAUGUAACUUGAAAGUUUAUUAAUUGCACACUGGUGUCUAACACACAGUAUGUGUGAUGUUAGCAGUUACAGUAUGUAUUUGCAGAGGAGGCAGACAGAUUAAGUAUUAGUCUGUUCUGUAUUCGUCUAUUAGUAAAAGUCUGGAUACAAACCUGGUCAGUGCUUGUUUGCAUGUUGAGUCUGGUAUGAUUAUGUCUCUGAAAUCUUUGAUGAUCACUUGCAAUGACUCCCACAAAGUAAAAAGAAACUAAGUUAAAAAUACACAUUUUUUCUCCAUGACUGGUUAAAGGUGAGUGCUAAAAAAGUUUCCUUUUCUUCAUUCUGCUCAGUGAAGGUCAAAUAUCAAAGUGAAGAGACUUCAGGCAAAUCAUGAAUUUUUCAUAGAAAGAAGUUUGAAAACUUCAGUAAAUAUAUACUGAAAAGUUAAAUCAAUUCAGCCGAAUUUACAUUAUUAUUCUUUUUUUUCUUUUCCGUGAAGUCCUUGUGGAAAACCUUCGACCUGGAUGACUGAAAACCCUCACAGACAAACCUUCUCAGAUAAGACAAAUAGAAAGUCAACAGAAGCCAAUAAAUCACUUCAGUGAUUCGUUUGCUGUAACAGUUUACGAUGAACUUUUUCAGUGUGAUCCCAUACACACAGCAGCGGAGGUAAAGGGACAGUCGAGGGCCUGUCCUGUCCAGGGUUCAGGAGCCAAAAGGUCCAAAGUGCAAAAGGCAGCUAAGGAAAAAAAGAGGACACAGAUCGCAGGAGCUGUGAGUCACUUAAAAACACUCCAGCAGCUCUCUCACAGCAGGAAACAUCAAUUGGAUCAGAACCUCCCAGCUUGACUGACUGAGCCUGAGGCCACAAGACUGUGUGAGUAUGAAUCUGAGAUGAAGACAAAUGUUUAUUAUGGAUAUCACGUUCUUUCAGUCACAUCUGGGUCUGACUGACAUCUGUGAGUUUUGUGAGUUUCACUUUUUUGAUUUUUGGUGUGUUGAAAAAGUGAAAUCACAGAACAGAGCUUUCUCUCUGACUGAUGACAACUUGUUUUACAUUUUAUAUGAUAUAUAAAAAUAUCAGGACUCAAUGAUGGACAGAUUCUGGCACCAUUUAUCACUGCUGAGGUGAAAAGGAUCACAACCUCGUCUUUUGAUUUUCUGGUGUUGUGAUCACUUUCAGAUUAAAGUUGUAAUUUGAUCCGAUGAUGACUUUGAACUGUUCGCAGUAAUGAAAAACUGUGACUUUUUUAUUGCUGUUUUUAACUCUUUAGAAGUGUAGACCCAAACUUGAUGUGAUCCAGUAAGAUUUCAUUAUAUUUGAAAUUAAAGCUCCUGUGAGGAGUUUUUCCACCUGGUUACAAAGCUGGCUGAAAGACAUAUUUAUAUCUAUAUGACCUACAAAAGCAAACAAAGCUAUCAGUGUGGAGACUGGCUGUUUAUACUGAGUUAUUCUUAAUGUUUGAAACUGCUCCUGCAUGCAGGUAUUACACAAAGGGAUUAACUGCAGGCUGCUGAAACAACUACAUUACAUUAUCUGAGGCAAAGGUUCAUGAAAGCAGGAUGAGUUUUUUUUUGAGUUAUUUUUAUGUUUUGUUUUUAAUACUACAGCUAUAUGUUUAAAAACCAAAAUUAGCAAAAAAGGCAAAAGAUACCACUUUGCUCAUAUGGAGGCUCCAAAUUUUCCACAAACUGAAUUUUCCCUCCAGGAGCUUUAAAGCUACUGUGACGGGUUUUAAGUUGGUAAAGAAACAGAUUUAAAAUAAUACUCAAACAUCCAAAUUUGGCAUCUUCGAGCAAACUAAACUAUUGUAGAGAAGAAUAAUGAUUUCUUUGUUGUUGAAUCAUACGACUUUUACCUUUGUUGCAGGGUAGGCAUUAGACAUGACAUAAUACAGCACACUGCCAAAACAACUUUUGGGGUUUUUUUCCGUACCAAAGAUUCAAUAAUACAAGAAUGAGAAUUUUCUUCUGAUUUCAUGAAACAUUACUUAUAAAUGUGCAGGACAAGUUCAUCAACUUUCCACAGGGAUCGCUAAUAUCAACGAGAAAGUUGCUCACUGAAGUUUGUUAAAUAACUUGUUAUUUAAUAAGUUGUUUUAUUUAUCAGAAUUCAUGUUAAAAUCACAACUUUUAUUAAACUAAUAAGUUAUUCAUCACAGUCAAAUCAGAGUGAAGUCAGGGGAGCUUGAAGUCGAGCAGCUGUAAGAGAGGACAAUCCAAUAAACCUGUUGUCCCAAACAUGAUCGAACAUGAUCCCAUUUCACCCUCAACUUACUCGUUACAGUCAAAGAAUCGUUGCAUAAGAGUUUAUCUGCACAUAAACAGCGUUUUCGUCAUCCAUUCCUCUGCCUUCCCUUUAUUUAUUUCAGUGUUUAAUCUCUGUAUCUAUGUGCAGCUUAUCUGACACAUUGACAUUUCUCCUGAGGAGUGAUCAAACAGCAGGGAUUACAAAACCAGGUCACUCUGGGUCUUUCACCUCUCUGUAGAGUUCGCACUAUCUCCCCCCGACAGUCUUCUGUCUAUCUGAUCCGCACGUAAAGAGAGCCUUGACUUAUCAUUUGUUUACGUUGUUUAACUCGACGUUACAAUGACUGUUAAUAGCACUCUUGUUAUGGUAAAGCUUGUAAGGUAACUAUAGGUCAAAGCUCUGGUGUUUACGUAAUCAGCACAGGAGUUUCUGCACUUUUUCAGUCGAGAGUUUAAAAGAGGAAAAAAAAACUCUUUGGGGCUAAAUUUCACACAGAUAUACAGUAUUAAGACUUAAGCAAUCAGCCUAUAAUAACAAGAUAUCCUUGAAUUUAUGGUUCAUGUUUACUGACUUUAUAACAAAACUAAGGGUGCAAACUUCUGUCAGACUGCUCACUGUGGUUCUAAAGUUACUAGCUCAUUAAAUAUAUUAUUUGUAGUGACCUUACAACACUUUGUGGGGCAACAACCCAGAGUGUUUUCUCUACCAGUUACCUAGCAUGGCUUCAACCAUGAUUGCAGUCAAAAACUGAGCCAUAUGUGGAUUUAGAUAAUUGAGGAAAAGGUCAGCUGGUUCACCUAUAACGUUCAUGCCCCUCUAUUGUAUUUGUCCAACAAGAGACCCCACUGGCCAGACUCAAACCAGGCAGCUUUGAUCAGUUCAAAAUCACAUUGUGGCAUCCAACUUUGACCUCUUUUUAGUUUUUAAAUGACUGUGUUUUUCCUCCAUAAAUAACAAGAAUUAGUAUCUGCUUCAUUGAAAAAUUAUGUGCGCACAUAAAAAUAAUUUGAGUCGUACUUUAUAUCACCCCCUCCAAAUGAGACCUCCCUUAAAGCUCCUGUGAGGAACUUUCAGUCUAUGCUAAUGUUGGCGCCCCCUGUGGACAAAGCAGUAUUUGCUUAUCUUAUCCUUCAUGUGCUCAUUUAUCACCUAUCCCCAGGGGUGUUUUCAGGAAGAAAAACUUAUAAAAACCAUUAAUUUUACCACCGAUGAUCUUGUUUGCUUUUGUAUAAAAUAACAAGUCAUCAAUAUUAAUUUCAGUCAAAUUUGAACUACUGCAUCCAGGCCUAAAACUGCUGAUAUCUGUCCAAAAUAAUAUUAUUAUACACACAAUGUAGUAUAUGUUUAUAGUAGGACAUUAGACAAUCAGGAAAUGUAAAGUGGUAAAACUGUGUAAGUAACCUACAGCUUUGAUUUUUUGCAGGAUCAUUCACAGUCAUUCCUCCAAAGUGUUCUGGUACAGUCCAGCUGUAACCAUGACGACUGCAGAGCCACUAAAUGUUUUGUUCCACCGUAACGUCAAGUCCAAUCAGACAGAGGAGACCUCUCAUAAUGGUAUACUUUAAAAAUGUUUACUUUGUAUCCCUGGAGUGUAUUUUAUACAUUUAUCUUUCUAUUUAGACUUUUAUUUCUCCUAUACAUAAUCCUCUGUUUAAAGUAUUAUGGGUAGAAAAGCACAAUUACAUUAACACUUCUAAGGAAUGCACAUGGGAUUACUCAGUUUUGUACGAAAUGAUUAGCAUGUGUCUCAUGUCCUCCUUUCUCCAGCUGAGGGCCAUAAUAAUUUACAUGCAGAAGAUCUGAGGCAGUGGGAGAAACAUGCACAGGUGAGCUGUAAUUUUGCUCGUUGUAAUUAUGUCUGCAUUUGUUAUGCUGUGCUGAGAAAACAGGAUCAAGUGUACGUGUUAUUGAAAUAUAUAAUGCAGAUUGUACUGUUUUUAAAUUUGGGAAUAUUUCAGAAAAGGUAGCAAUUAAAUAUCUCAAACAGUAUUUCCUUUUGUGUGUCUUCCUGCAGAGGGUGAAGCUGAAAGCCCUGGAGCAAGUCCAGGAUCAGCUCAGUCACAUACUAGACAAAGCCCUGACUGAGUCUGUUCAGCCUUUUACACAAAUCCAGAAAGCAGUAAAUGGAAAGAAAGUAAAACCCGUAUCCAGGUGAAGCCGUCAGCAACAUCUACAAAUGCAACAAUUACUUACUAUCUGUACUUCUGCGAGACACAUUCCCUCUUUCAUUGUGUUAAAAUGUUUGUCUUUUGGUUCAGUUCCCAGAGAAUGGACAGUGGUAAAGUCUUUUUGGACAGGCCAUCAUUAUUGGAGUAAGUAUAAAUAAUCCAAAUCUAUCUUGGAUUAAAAGAACACAAACAUAGCGAGAUGCCACUUUAUGGUGAACUUCAGAUAACAGUUCUUAGACAGUCUAUCUGAGUCUACAGGGGUAAAAAGUAAACUGAAGACCAAGUUAUACAAAUAGAAAAUAAUCCCAAAGAUUAUAAACGGAUUGACAUUACGCGUAUAUAAAUAGCACAGCAGAUAAAUGCAUGAAUGUGAAUACAGUUUGUCUUAAGAGCAUUAUUUUUACAGUCUGUAUUCGCUCUUCUUCAUCAGUGAACUCUUUGAGAUCAGCCACAUCAGGACCAUCUACCACAUGUUUAUCGCCGUCCUCCUCAUCUUCUGUUUGAGCACGCUGGCCGUGGACUACAUCGACCAGGGCAGGUGAGUGACAUGUGCAAUUAUUUAAGUUUAUGCGUGUGUGGCGACAUGAAUGAAACUCACUGACCCUUGUCUGGAUUUAAUUACCCAGAAGUCCUUCAAAACUUUUACACUUCUUAUCUUCUUUUUUUACUCUCUGUCCCUCCCUCCUCUCCCUCUCCUCCGCCUGCCUCUCUUCUUGUCUGGCAGCAGAAAGAUAGAGCGAUCAAUCCCUCUGAGUUUUUUCGCUGCUGCUUUGGGCAGCUCUCUAAUGAUUUGGUUGCUGUUUGCAGUCGCAGGGUUGUGAGUUUAAUUUUGAUGUUUCCCACAAGAGCAAGUGCCUGCAGGGUAACUCCACUGUGUGCAAGUGAUUUGAAACACCCAACAACUAUUAACAUUGAUUUUCAUAUAUUAAUGUAAUGAAAUGCUCGUACAUCCCACUUGCAAGUGUUGAAGUCUGGUGAGAUGCUGCACCGACUGGUUGUUAAAAACCUACGAUUAUCAUUUUUUAGAUAGGAAGAAGUGAUGGAAAAAUAUUUAAUGAAUCUAUCUGUGCCUGCAGUUCAUUUUAUCAUCCUUUGAAAUAAUUAAAACGGUCCAUUGAUAAACAAACUGCAGCAGCAAAUUAAGUGAAAUUGACACUCUUAUUAUGUUGUUUUUUUAGACACUGCUCAGUUUUGUAACCGAUUUUUGAGCAUUUUUCUUUCUCCUAACUCUCAGGUUGGUCUUGGAGUUCGACCUGCUGUUCUACGCCUUUGGGAAGCUGGGAACCGUCACACUCGCCUGGUUUGUGAUGUUUGCCUACACCCUGUUUGUUCCCUAUUGCUCCCUGGUGCUUUGGGGUUCCUUGUACCACAGAAUCCCCUCUAAGCUGGGUCUGUCCCUCGGCAUGGGCUUCGUCCUGUCUGCAGCUCAGUUCUACGUACUGGGACAUUUCCCCAUCCACGUGGUUGUACAGAACCAGCUUCCACCGGCCUCACGGUUCAUUGUGAUACUGGAGCAGGUGAGUGUGUCAGUUUGUGUGUAAAUUUGUGGAAAGCCUUGAUUUACUGUAGUUAUACAAGUUUGUUGGAGCUGUUUUUGGCAUUUUUACAUUAUCUUAACUCUCGGUUCCUGUUAAUUUUAAGCUCCAUCCAGCCAACUUUGUCCCCAAAACGGACAUGCAGAUAAGUACUCAUAAAAUAACAAUUUUUUAACUUUUUUUUUUUUUACAUUUUUCAACUCAAAUCUCUUAACCAACUUCAGCCCUGACCAUUAAAAAUAUAAUAAACACAAAAUUUGAUGUAUUACCCGUUUUAAGCCGUUUUUUGUGCACCAUACCAUAUUUUUAAUUGUAAAAAACACAACACAUAUCCCACUCUUAGACAUCCAUAUCUAGUGAUAUGUAAAGUUUCAUUCAUGUUUAGUAAAUGAAAUAGCGCUUCAAAGACCCUCAGUCCAUGAAUGAAGACUUUCAUUCCCAGCAACCAAAGGGGUUAAAAUUAUGUUCUGGCUCAAUCUGUUGCAUCACUGUUCGAAAGUUAAAUUUAGAGCCCUGGUGAUCGACUGACUGCAAAAAGAAGGUUUUAAUAUGUUGUUAUGGUGCCAUAAACACACGGUCAAAAAACGUGUUUUUAAUGGAAGUUUAUUGUCCAAUUGGCAGACAAAGUAGGGUGGAUUGAGCUAAAAUGCGGCGACGGAGAACUACAGGUGACACAGAGUUUUUUUUGUUGUUGUUGUUUAGCAUGAAGAAAAAUGAGAACUUUCACCAAAUUUGAUGCCCUAGUCUUUAAAAAUGUGACUGUCAGCUCAAAAUAAAUAUGAAAUGACAAAUGCUCUUAAAACGAACAUAGUGAGAACUGAGGGUUAAGACACACUUUUCACAUUCAGGCCUUACUGAUGCACACACAUCGCGAUGUUAAGUACCUCAUUGUGAUUGGUCAGUUCUCCAGAGCAAGACAUCGUCUGUGAUUUCUUGACAGGAAGAGGCAGGAAUAGUUUAGGACACAAAAAGAGAAACUAGUGCUGAGAAAUCUACAACACUGGAGAUGAUUUGUGAAAUAAAUACAAAUUACUGACCUCAUAUUAACUCCUCAAAAGUAUUGUAAGUGCCCCAGUCAGGCCACCUUUAUCAAGAAAGUGUGGACAGUUACUGCUGCUAAGGACAUAAUGUCCAUUUCACAGUUUCUUUGUGUCUGAUUUAGUGCAGCUUUGAGGGAUGCACAGUUUAUGUUAGUUUUGGACAACACUGUGGGCAAAGGGUUAUUUCUUAUCUCUUUGCUGACGUUUGAUUACGCAGCAUGCUGUCAGAUAAAAAAAACUUGUGUCCUUCAUGCCUAUUCCAGGCUCACUUCCCGUACCUCUCAGUGUGAAAUGUAAUAUGAAAAGAAGGGAAAAAUAGGUUCCUUUGUAAAGUGUCUGUAAAUCACACUAGAGAGAUCUGCAGUUGCAGGGGUUGAAAAAAUGUAAAAGGUUGUAUGUUAUAUAAAUUGCUGUAUAAAUUAUGAUCCCAUUUUCCAUUUUAAGUCAUGUAGAGGAGUUGAAAUCAAAAUUUAGCGUGGCAUUAGCUCAGAAGGGCAAUAGGGUGAAGCUCAGCCUGCAGUGCAUCAGCUGAUCCUAAAGCCAGGUCAUGUCAGAGGACGACUCAGCCGAUUUACCUUCUAUGUAGCCAAAAGGCAAACUGCCUUCUCCUGCUGCUCUGCUAGCCCAGCCCCUCUCUCUAUACUAUAAAUUAUAUUAUCGGUGUCAUUUGUAUUUUUACUAAUGCUUGCCCUGUUGUGUACUCUCCAUUCACACACUCAGAGAGUCUCUCAGACUAGAGCCAUACGACCAGAUUUAACUAUUUAUACUUAUAAUUAAUCAUUUUUUUUAAUAAAAGUGGUCUUAAUCUAUUGACAAAGUGAAAAUAUCUUCUCAGAAAUCAGAAUGAACACAUGUUUAUAUUGUUUGUCACGUGUUUCAGUGCAGAAAGUUUGGUUGUAAUGAUGUCUAAAGUUUCUAACCGGCUCCACUUUCCCUUCAAAAGCUCCUGCAGCAUCAUCAGAGUAUAUUUUUCCCAACAUGUGCAAAAAAAUCCAAUAGAAUAAAUCCAAAGCAUAAAAUGUUUAUUAGGCAGGAGUUGUGCUGAAAAAAAUCCUAUACUGUAGAUAACCCUGUAUCAUAUUAUGGGUAAUCCAAAUUAUAAAUGCAGCUCUUCAUUACUGCCAGCAGCUGUAAAGCUUGCUGACCACAGAUGGGAGACUUCCAGCUGGAAAAGCACCAAAGGGACAGGAGAUCUCAGUGUAGCCAGUGUUUGAACAUCACGGACCCACACUGCUCGCUGUAAUACCUCCUCAUCCUCUUUAUUGCUCCAGCCACAGGCUCCCAAAAUCAUCUUAGUGCUAAGAUCAUUUUAGCUCCAUUCAAGGGAGUGAGAUAAUCCCAGUGCUUAGAUGCUUUUGGGAAACUCGUCCCUGGUCCUCAGUUGACCUGCGUCCAAUCGGCUGUUUGAAAUUCUCAUUUUCGUCCUUUAAAAUCUUAAUUCUUUUGUUUUUAGUCGAUAUGUUUCAUUCUUAAAUCGGCCCAAACAGAGCUGCGUGUAGAAAACUGAGUUUAUCAUAAACAACUUCACAUUUUUUCUCUGUCUGUUCCCUUUUGUUGUGCUUCCUCCUGAAUAGUAUCAGAGGUAGUUAAAGGAAAUACAUUAUCAUUCAUCCCGAGGUCAAUAAACACACACAUGAGAUGUGUGAUGUUGACUUCAGGCGUGAUUGAAAUUCAUACAGUAAACAUGGACAAUAAAGAGGCUGAUAUUAUUGAUGCAUUGUGCCUCACUUCACAUAAUAACCGUGUCUAUUCCCCCCAGAUUCGAUUCCUGAUGAAGAGCUACUCAUUCAUGAGAGAGACGGCCCCUGUUAUUAUGAAGAAUCAACCAAAAGAAGGUACCGUAUUGAUAUCAGGUGUAUUUACUCCUUAGGCAUUAUCAUCACUCAUUGUGGCAUUCACAGACACUGAGAAAAAUGACUCAAACAGAGCACAGCAGGCUGCCGUCUAAUGAUUCAUGCUGGAGUUAAAGCUAACAAUGGAUACACCCACAUACAAUAAAGAUACUUGAGUAUGUGAAGCCCACUGAGAUCCUUUUGUUAAAGCUUGUUAGCAGUGAAAAAUGUGUCUCCAUUUUACUCACUCACUGCAGUAAAAUACAACCUUAAAGAUGUCAGGAAAUAGCUUCAAAAAAGUCUCCAUGCCCUGUUUUAGCUUGAACACAGCUUUUGUGCGAGGGCUUUCACGAAUCAGUUCAAUGCAAUUUGUGCAUAAAAGCACCACUUUUCCCUCUGAAGAUGUCUUUGAUAAAAGUUUAAACCUUAGUGAAGUGCAGCGAAUAAUUCAGCUAAAGAUUUCAGACUCGAGGGCAGGCAAUUUCCCACAAUGGCCCAAGAAAAUGCAGCAAUUUACCGUUGUCACGUAGAAUUAAAGCCAUUUGUUUGAAGCUCCAACAUUAAGGAGCAGUAAUGCGUCAGAAACCACAAAUGAAAAAGUUAACAGCCGGCAUUAUUCUGCAUCAUAAAACAAGAGAGAUGAAAUUAGAUGCUAAUGUGAGAUCCACAGACCUCGAUGGUUUCUGUCUUUUAAAAAACCUUCCUGACUUCUCAAAGAUUAAUCAGCCCUGAACUGAAAUCCUCAACAUCAGUCGUCACACUUACUGGUUUGUUCUUCUUUCCAGGAGAGAGUCCCAGAUUUCCGACUUUUUCCAGUUAUCUUUACUUCCUCUUUUGUCCGACUCUCAUCUACAGAGAAUCAUAUCCACGGUAAGAAAAGUCGGCCCUGCUUUUGUUUUCUUUUGUUUUAAAAGGGAAGCAUGAAGAAUUUAGUAGGAUAGACUUAGUAGAGAUGGAAUAUAAUACUCAGAACAAGUAUCUUUAAAUUAGUAUAAUCACCUGAACCUACAAUUUAUAGUAGCAUGAAGAGUUGGGUAUCUGCUGCUGUGUUUCCUGCAGAACACACAAAGUAGAAAUAUGCAUGUUUUUAGAUUAAGUUUGUGGCCAUCCGAAGAGAUUGGUUGUUAUGCACAAAAGGGUUCAACUGAGAACUUUUUGAUGGUAAGAAAACGACAAAUGGAGGAUUAUGCACAGCAUGCAUCAUCAGCUUUUUGUCCUUCAAGGCCACCAUCACUUUUAAACUUCACCAGCAGCAGGAGCGAGCAAAGAGAGGGCCUCAGUCAAGAAUCAGACUUCUAGAUUUAGCGAAAUAUUCCUGUUUCCAUUUUAGUAUAUAUGCAAACAAACUAUAAACUAUAAUCCUCUACUCAGAUGUUUUGUUAUAUUAGAUACUGAAAUGUACCUUACCAUGUGUCGUUUUAGUAUUCAAGUAAUCGCUAUGUUCCUGCAUUUAAAUUAGGGACACUUUCUAAAGGUUAAUAAAUUUUACUUUGACUGGAAGUUCUUUUUGAGCAUCAUAUUUUGUGUGAAAUGGAUAUAAGCUUGUGUAAGAAUACAAUUCCUGUAUUUGUCUCUAUUUUGCAAACUCAACCUGUGAGUUAAAGCUGUUAUUAUCUCCUGGUCUUUUCACAGAAAUACCCACAUAAGAUGGAAAUAUGUUGGCGUCACUCUUGGCAUGGUAAGACAAACCUGAGUUAAUGUUUUAUUUCCCUUAUCAGAGCAGAGAUUGAUCUCUUCAUUGGUUUACUGACCUAGAUAAGAAAUGACCCUAAGGUUUUUUCACUCUGUAGCACUUUUUAUGUGUCACAGGAUAGUUAAUACAUAAACCUGAUCGCCUGUUGCGUAUAGGUUUGAUAUCAUGAAGAGUACAUCUCUACAGGUCACUUUGAAACUUUAACAUCUUAACUGUCGAUCCGCAGAUCCUGGGAUGUCUGUUUUAUGGCUACUUCAUCCUGGUCCGCCUCUGUAUCCCCGUCUUCAGACCUUCGAACAGCCAGCCUCUCAGCAAAAGGACGAUGGUCCUGGCUGUGUUUCACUCAAUAUUACCAGGUAGUUCUGACCUGUACUUCACACUCUGUUCUUAAACGUGUGUUUCCUUUGUUUGGAGGAACACCGAGUGAAAGAUUGGGCGGUGAUAAAAGGAAGUAUAAUAAACACACAAUUUAAAGGUCAGGUCAUCUUUGACUUCAUCUUUAAUAUGACUUCUCCUCACAACCUCUAUUAUCUCUUAUCAGUGCAAGUCAGCUUUGGUUAUUGCAUAACUUAAUAUGGAAAUAGAGGGGAUGAGUCUCUGGUGUUUUCGAGUCAGUGAUAAGAUGGAAGAUGUUGUUAUGCAAUCAGGUACAGGUAUCAAAGACAGGCUUUUUAUUACUUCAUUUAAUUGAAUAUCUCUUUGAGUAAGUGCUGAUAGAAGAGCAUCAAUGUCAAGUUGCAUUUCUUAUUAAAAGGCUGGGAGCGGUGCCCGGACUAAAAUGAUCCCUAUAAACACUCACUCUCUCUGUUUGUCCGUCUCUCGUAGGUAUUAUGCUCCUGCUGUUGUGUUUCUUCGCCUUCCUGCACUGCUGGCUCAACCUCUUUGGGGAGCUGCUGCGUUUUGCCGAUAGGAUGUUCUACAAGGUGUGUGUGCUGUGGCUGAUUCUGAGUGGCAUUAACUCUCCUGUGAGCACAUUAUCUGCAGAUUUAGUUCCUUUUCCAGAUGGGGAAACAAUUAUUAACGCCAAGUGAAAGUACAGUCGAGAAGCCUGAUAGUCCCAGAACUGUUUGGCUUUUUCUGUCAGUGGAGUCUGUUAAUACAUUUUUCUCUUAAACAAGGAAAUAGGAUAUGACAAGGGCUGCAGAUGAAAAUAUCAGCCUGUUCUCCCUGUUUGCCUCUAACCCCAAACCAGCCACUGCUCUAGAUAAUGAGACAGUUCAAAGUUGAGAGUAAAAAGGUAGAUAUGGAAAAAAUAAUCCAGUCAUAACUUUACUGUAAUUUUCCAUAUUUUAUAAGUAAAUAUGAAGUUAAAAUGUCGGAUGUCAACACAAAAUUUAACCAAAGCGUCAGAUUUGGGGCUGCUCAAUGAAAAUUCAUGAGACUGUUACAAAAGCCAUGAGGUUUUCUCAACUCAUGACAUCACUAAUUGUUAAAUCUCAUUUAAAGAACAUGAUAAACACAUACCUUCCAAACGGCAACAGCCCACUGAUUUCUCUGUAGCUGAGGAUAUUCAGUCUCCUUCCAAAACUCUUCAGGUUCAAUUUGGAGUCCAAACAUGUGUCCAUAUUUCAUCAUUUGUCUUUUUGAAUAGCUUUAUGUCAUGGCAACAGUGGAGGGGGCUUCUGGAAUGCAGGGUGCUGGACAAAGGAGGAGUUUAGUGAUCCUGAGAGAGGAUUUUCAAAGAUAGUAUUAGCAAAAAAAAGUAAACUGAAUAAGGAUAUUAAUCCCGAAAAGAGGCAUGAAACCCCUUCUCUAAUGUAAUUGUCCCAAUAUUAGCAAAUAAAGGUGAGUAUUUUUAGUUAGUAAUGUAAUUAUCCAUCAAAGUGAAAGCCACACAAGGAUAAAUGUGCUAAACCUUAUGUACUCUAUGCUAAGAUUUUAAAUAUUUGUACAUAGUACAUUAAUACAAAACUUUUAAAGCUGUCACUUUUAGACAGAAAUACAAUGGACAAGUUUUUUUUUCUUUUUUUUCUACACAUUUUGUAAUAAUUUCCUUCCUUACUAUUCUGCAACAAUAGCGCUGAUUUGCAAGGAAGAAGAACAAAGAAGCUGCCAAGACAUCCUUUAGGGAGCGAUUAAUAGCAUAGGGUUUCAAAAAGAGUAAAAUACAAAAAACUUGAACAAACAGCUUUUUAAAAUACACCUCAAAUUGUCAUAUUUUACUCACCUCUAUAUAUCAAAAUUAAACAAAUCAGUAAAAUCUGUUCAUUUGAGAGCUAAUAGUCCUAAUGUUAAUCAUUGUUAUGCUUCUGUGUCCUGUGUCUGGAUUUCUUUUUAACAUAAGAGGACAAACACUGUGUCACAAACUCUUUACAAUAUUCAAUUCAGCAGCACAGAACAAGGUAGUUUUUUCUGUGGUCACCUCGAACUGACUCUCUCCUCCAGCUGGCCGAGAGUUUUUCUUGGCCCAGACCUCAAAAAGUCCUCAUUAUUUCUGUGUUUACUUUGAUCCACAUUCAUUUUCAUACUGUGUCCUCUUUUUUUUCAGGACUGGUGGAACUCUACCUCCUUUGCAAACUAUUACCGUACCUGGAAUGUGGUGGUUCAUGACUGGCUCUAUUACUAUGGAUACAGAGACUUCCUCCGGGUGAGCAGCGUGGCAGCACGACCAAAUAGAACCAAAUAAUGAGCCGAGAGUGAAAUGUUACUGAUAGUUUCGACUGUAUUUCAAAAGCGGUGCAUCCCAUGAUGAAGAGUGUGAAGUAGUUAAACUCAUCCUGUAAUUCUGGUGGCACAAAUUCCUCUGAACCGGCCUGACCUCUGAACUUUGAGCUAAAAACCCCUCUCUGUGUGUGUUCUGUCUCUGAUCCCUGCAGCUGUCCAAAAGGAAAUGCCGAACAGCUGCUAUGCUCUCAGUGUUCAUCGUCUCCGCUGCCGUCCACGAGUACGCCAUGACCAUGUGCUUCGGCUUCUUUUAUCCCGUCAUGUUCAGUCUCUUUGCCGUCCUCGGAGGUGAUUGUUACGCUCAUUAUCCGGGGAACUAGUUUUACUAUUUCAUGAAUGUAAACUAUCAAUAUUUCGUCUUUAGAUCCUUCCUGCUGUGAGCCGUUUAAUCACGACAAGAUUCAGUUUCAAAUAAACAGAAAGAAUAUAGAAAAGAUGCACAGAGACAGAAAGUCUCAGCCUGUACAGCACCUCAUUACUGUGCUGAAGCUGAAGCACUUUCUCUGACUUGCUUGUUAAAACAUGUAAAUGUCCCUCUCCACACUCUGCCUUCCAGCUUUGAAGCGAAAAUCUGUAAUUUUUCACUCUUACACACAUUUCUGAGCUCUUUUCAGAGGACAGUUCUCAUUAUAUUUAGAGAAAGUACACUUGUACAUUAUGUCCUCUCCUCUGAGACUCAGUAGGUAGUUAUGCGAACAUUUUAUAUCCUGUUCUUCUUCUUCUUCUUCUUCUUUGUCCUCACCACCUGCAAUAACACAAACUAACUGUCGCGGUGCAGCUAUGGAGAGGUCACACAAAACAAACAGCCUUUAACAGCAGCUUUUCUCUCAUACUGUCCUCUCUUAGCGGUGUUCAACUUCACCAUGAACGACAAUCGGCAGAGCCCUGUGUGGAACGUCAUCAUGUGGGCGUUUCUCUUCCUGGGUCAGGGUGUUCAGGUGUGUCUGUACUGCCAGGAGUGGUACGCUCAGAUACACUGUCCUCGCACAGGGGUAUGUACUCCACGACACAUGUAUGUUCAUGCUUUUUCAACUGGAAAUUCACGCAUGAAUGAAUGCAAACAGUUGUGUUUUUAACCCCAGAUUUAAUCCUGAUAGCACACUAACACAGGUUUCUGAGAUGAGUUUGUGUGUUUAUAUGCAGCAGGUGAAGUCAGGAAAAUCCCCACAAGUGGAUUUUGAUUUGCAUUGCAGUGGCAUGCACAGACUAGAGUCAGUAUUUUUCUUUUCUGGUUGUGCUUGUAUUAUGAAAACGCCUUUUUAGAUUUAUAUAAACACAAAAAUAGUCACCAUUAAAAAGAGUCUUCUAUUGAGUAGUGAAAGCACAUCUGACAGACAGAAAAUCUCCCUCUGAGAAGUGCUCGUGUAAAUGGCACAUUCCCAAAAAUAUCAGGGCCUUAAUGUCCUGAAAUUAUCUGUAAAAAUGUCAGGAGUUGGGGGGAAAAAGAGGCUUAUGAAAACCUGCACUUGUAAAAAUCCUGCAUCUUCAGCAACAGGAGCGAUCAUAAUGUUUUAUCGCUGUUAGAAAGUGGGUCAGAAAAGGCAUGCUUUCUGCGAGGGUUUCUUCAACUUCACUUCUUGGCUACACUCGCAACAGAGGCGGCAAUUUGUCCAAAACAGAAAAUCAAUAAUCCCGACAGUCAGUCUGAUUUGUGAACCGUAUUUUAAAGCAGGAAAUAUUAGCGCUUAAGUCAGUCUAUUCUGCAGAUUCUUGUAGGGAUUUAUUCUGCAGCUUGAAGGCAUUCAAAACUUUCUGAAGGACUUGAAACAAAAAAGUUCAAAAAUCCUUUAAAUGGAGAAAAACAAACCCUGUGUGGAUAUGUACAAUUCUAACGGGAGCUUGUUUAUGGAGUUGCUGCAUUUGAGAGUGCAUUGACCCCAUAUUUAUGCAGUUAAGUAGGCCAGCAGGUGAGUAAACUUGAUAUACAAACAACAACAGGUCAUGCAAAAAGCCUAAAACCUGUUUUAUACACACUACUUAAGAUCUUAAUGACUGGUAUUUGAGUACUCUAAUGUCGGACGUCAUACAGAUGAAUCUGACCGACUCCUCUCUCUCUCUCUCUCUCUUUCAUCAUCCUGGUCAUCUGCUCUUAUCUCCAGUCAUUCAUGAACAUCUGUUACCACACACACUGCAUGCAUACAUGUUGUAACACAAAUGUAGUUCAGAAAGCGUGCCCUCGGAUAGAUAACAAACCCAGCUCACACACGUGCACAAGAGUGAGAGACCCUUAAAACUCUGACAUAUAUUUAACCCCUUCAAAAUCCUCCUUCUUCUCCUCCUGUCCUGCUCAAGUCGUUGGACGUAGUCACAGAUGUGAGGGAUUUGCGUGACAGCUGGGCACAGAUGUACUUAACAUACUUACUCCACUACAAACGCCUGAAACCCAGCGAACGCAUCCUCUUAAACCACAGGCACAUUCACACACACACACACAAACACAAACGGUGGCUUAACACAGAUAACUGCUGUCUAUAAAUAGUAAUAACAUCCUUAAAAUAAGAUUACCACAAUGAUGAAAUGACAAAUUAUACAGAUAAAAUUCAUAAAAGGAUUAUAGAUAAUGUGCCUAGAAGCAGCGUAUGAAUAUUCACAGCGAGUCUUCAACUCUUCCUGUACAGAAUAGUUUCCUGGAGAUGGUGACGCCUCGAUCCUGGUCCUGCAGCUACCAGACAUGAAGCUGCCGUUCAGGAGAAAGGACGGACGAUCGAAGAAUUACUUGAAAGAUCUGUAUAUACAGUUUGAGAUUUUCUGUUUUUAGUGUGUAAACAUUUAUUCGGGUCACUUUUCUUUAUGAUGUUGGUGCUCAUUAGCAAUGUUAACCAUACGUUGUUGAUUUAUAACUUUAAAAAACUAUUUGCACCAGUAUUAAAUACUGUUUAAAUAAGGCGGUGUAAAACUUUCUAUCUGACUCAUUGUUUACCAAGUGCUGGUAAAAGCCUGUAGCACAUUAAUCACUAAGUAGCAUGUAUAAAGACAAAGUCAAGUAAGAAUAAGUUGGUUUAAAUUGUUAACUUGUGAGAAAGUAGGAUAUAUUAACAGAUCAGAUUUGUAAAAGAAGCUAAUUUUUACCUUUUUUUAGUCACCUCCUAGCUUAUACACACAAGAGGACAAAAAUGAUCUUUAGAUUUUCUAGGUUAUAUUUGUAUUUUCUUCAUUUUGUUAAUAUUUGAAUAUGUAAAUCUACCUUGAAAGAAUUCAACAUUAAAGUCAGAUGUGUUUACUUAACCUGAAAAAAAAA